ACGAGAGCCAUAAGGGAGUUUAAGCAAAUCACUAAUUUCUGCUAUUCUACUACUCACCGUUCAGGGCAAAUUUCAGAUCUUUUGAACGCGAUGUCGUACGGGACAGGUAUAGUGGAUAACGUUGUUGAGGCUUCCCUGAUGGAGAUCAACGUUCAGCUGGCUUUGGACCGGUGUCCAGACAUCGUCAGACCGGUUAUUGGUUUCGUGGAGAGUAUGUGGUUUCAGAAAUUCAAUAUCAUCCCGAGCGGAAGUUCUUUCGAAGGUACUGCAAUAAAUACGUCAGCAGACAUCGAUCUGAUGCUGGAAUUACCAAUUGGUUCCGUGAAACUGCAUACUAUUGGACUACCAGGAUUCACCUUGAUUAAGCUAACAGGGCCCAAAAGGAAGCUGUGGCAGAAGUUAGGCUGUGCCAAUAGACAGGGGUUCUUGAAUGCCACAGAAAUGAGAGAGCUAUUUGCUAAUUGUGUCAAAGUGGCUGUCUCAUUACUUCAAAGCAAUGUUGUUGCUGAGGAAAACGGUCCAGCAGUAACCCUGAAAAUAACAACUCCAGAAGGAAGAAAUGUUUCUGUGGACUUGACUUUGGCUAUCAAAGUUGACUGGCCAGAUGAUGCAAGGGAAUGGAUCACAAGGACUCGAGUUUGGCCUGAUGAUGACCUUCUCAAAGAAAUAGUUUUACAAGAUGGUUGUCAUGUGGUUGCAAAGAAACCUUCAAGUACAUGCUCUUUUCCUAAAGACGGAAAAGCAUUCUGUUGGAGGUUCAGCUUUUCAGCUGCUGAGAGGAGACUGUUCAUUUGGGGAAGUCUUGAGGAGGGAAGUCAGUCUUGUGCAAGACAGGUGUUAUGCAAGCUGAAGAAAUUGAAGCAUUGGCUGAAGCCCUUGAAAUCGUACCACUUUAAAACCCUCUGGUUUUACCUGCGUGAGUUAAAACCUCAGUCUUUGUGGAACCAUGAUCAGUGCUGGGAAAGACGUAAGGACUUACUUUCCUUGCUUGAGGGUUGUUUGACACGUCAGUUGUGUCCUCACUUUUUCAUCAAAACUGUGAACUUGUUUGAGGAAUUUGACCCCGUUCAAUGUUCUGACUUAAUCAACCAAGUAAGAUGGAUAAGAAAGUUGGGUGAGAUGAAGCAAAUCCUGUGCAAGAAGAAAAAAUUCAAAGGUGCUAAUGUGGAUGAAUUGUUGCUGCAAUGGAUUCACAAAAGGGUGCAGAAGAAAUCCAAAGCAAAAAAAACGUUGUGGAACAAGAACCGGAAAGUGAUAUCAAGGCAUGGAAGCAGUUUCGUCUCACAGAAAACAAGACCAGAGAAGUUUGAAUUGACAACAAGUUAACAUUUGCUGAUCACAUUCAGAGUGUCAUAAAAAAGGUCUAUGCCAAGAUUGGUGCCCUUAGGAGACUCAAAAAACUUAUACCUGUAGAUGUCUCCCUAUCACUCUAUAAGGCGUACAUACUUCGUCACCUGGAGUACUGUAGUCCGCUAUUGCUUGGAAUAAAUAAAACACUGAGCUCUAAACUUGAGUCAGUCAAUAAGUAUGCACUCAAAACUUUGCUUAAUCUCGGCAAUAAUGUUGAUUACAAUACAAUCUCAGCUAAAAGCAACAUGAAAACUCUAGAACAUAGGCGAUU